AUGGUGGCUGAUGUUCUCUGUAUUGUAUUUCUGACCAAAUCACUCACAAGGCUGAUUUUUGAGGCUGAUCACUCCAAACAUUCAUUCCUCAUAAGAGAGUGCCGCCAGUUGAUAGCCACUGCGAACCUUUUGCCAACAAUAAUAAUGGAACCAGAAUUUAUAUCUCAACAGACACGGCCGCGUUUCGCGCGGAAAUAUGGCCGUUCAUACCAAUAUUUUGGACAGCUUUCCUCUGCGAGCUUGGGUUCCCGCCAUAUGGGAAAAGUCCGGGUGGAUUGUCGAUUCCGUCUGUCUGAAUCCCAAUGGGGCACAAUAAAUAAAUCCAGCCCGGCCGGAAUUCUAUACGUCGACCUCAAUUUCGACCAGCCUCAGGAUUGUCGGCUCAAGUCUGCCGCCGUGCUGGUCACGCUGGAGAAGGAAGAGCCUCUUGACUCUGACACAAAACCCCAAUCCCUCAACCAUAACACACUCCAGCUGACCGACUACUAUGGCCCGAAGCACAUCAACGGUGAACCAACGGUUUUGCCCACGAAGCGAGUCUACCAAUUUAUGCCGGAAGCAAAUGCCAUGGGAUGCAGUGGCGGUGGGGUUGGCAUUCAGAACGAACAAACAACAAACGAGGUCAGGCGAUGGGCAUUCACCGGCCAAUUGAUGCCGGGCAAAUCCCCGAGCAGCGCAGUCGCGUAUCGUACGCUCAAGUGGGAGUUGACCGAAAACGAGCUCGAUUCGCAAUCAUUUCACAGCAAGGUGAUCCGGACGGGUUUUGCAUUCGAGCAUGAUCGUGAAGUCUUUCGGAUACGCGUUGAAAUCAACGGCAAAUUACAGAAGAGAACUCGUCAGCUGAAGGAAGCCUGGAAGGAUAAGACCCGGCACUUCAGAUUUCCCCCAGAAGCAAAACAGGAUCAAGGGUCUGCAGUCACCCUCGUCGACGUUCGACAAACGAAACAGUUUAAGCGCCAACUUGAUAGUCUGGCAAUUGGUCUACCGGAUGAGAUGAUCAAGCGAAACCAGCUCGACGUUCCUGUGGAGGUCCCGAAUUCCAUGCCAUCUUUAUUCCAGGAACUGCCUUCUGUUUUCAAUCCGCCUCCGCCUGACUUCAAGUUACAGGCCCCAGAUAACAAUGGAAAUAGUCAUGCGCAAGUUAAGAGCACAGUAUCUCCAUCAGCACAAGACCUCAUAUCCGCAUCACAGAUAAUUGGCACCCAGAACCAGCAAACCAGUUCCAUCAGUCAUCCUUCACCCUCGUCAUCCGCAACGUUGGUAGCCGAAAGCAGUAGUGAAGGCGGCCAGAAAAGUCAAGCGAAACUUAUUUCAUCAGCAGCAGCACCAACAAAAACUGCAAUUGCAACGAGCAACCAGCCUGUUGAACCAGACUCCCACCAACCGCCCUUAUCACCUUUCCUGGUCAUCCUUCGCAUGCUUGAGGCGAUGAUUGUCGGUCUGAUUCUGCGCCUGGAGCCAUCUUCCCCGCAAAAGUUAUUGGAGAAUAAUAGUGAUCAUAAUAAGCAGACUGUGAGCACCUCAUAUCCCGAUUUUCAGUUUGCUUCUCAGUCGCGGGAGAGACCAAAGGAAAGUCGAUGAUGUCUGUGGGGCGUACGUCACAUUCGCAUCUUUUGUCAUGUUUGGAAGAGUGAUUGUCGGACUCGAGUGUUUUGAAGCGAGGGCGAUAGAGGCGGAUAGCAUCCGGCCAAAAUGGCGAAACCCAGCAAUACGCAUAGAGACAUGCUACAAUCUCUCGUUAUAGAGCUGCUCUGAGGCCGAGUGUGAUGUGGAUCGAAAUCUCGUUCGCCCUCGAAUCGAUGUCUCCAGGACCAAUUCUUCAUUUUCUACUAAAUUAUUAUUAUUUAAUCAAGUUUACUGUCCAUAUCGAGCCC